AUGGGGUGCGGAGAUGGGCAGAGAAGUUCGCGGUCUGGUUCACCCAAGGUGAAAGUUUCCCUGAGAUUGGGGUUCCAGCCCCAUCCUGACCUGCUGGUUUGCUCGGUGAUGCUCGAGAUUAAGUGGUUGAAGAACGGGCAGGAGCAGACGGCCGGGGUGGUGUCCACGGAGCUGCUCCAGAACAGAGACUGGACCUUCCACAUCCUGGUGAUGCUGGAGAUGAGCCCCCGGCACGGGGACGUCUACACCUGCCAGGUGGAGCACAUCAGCCUGCGGGGCCCCCUCAGGGUGCACUGGGCGGCGCAGCCUGACUCCCCCAGGAGCGAGAGGCUGAUGGGGGUCAGGGCCUUCGUGCUGGGGCUGAUCUUCCUGGCGCCGGGACUCCUCACCUUCCUGAAGGCUAAGAAAGGUGAAUGGCUCCGGGAUGGGGCCAGCGGCCCAGGAAAUGAGUCCCCAGUGGGGCCAUGAUGCAAUGGCACUGGAGGGUUUCACUAGAAUUUUGACAGGUUUCA